UAUAAUGCAAGAAUUAUCAUUUUUACGUAGCGCGGUACGUGUGAGCAGUGCAUAAAGUUUAUUCCGUGUAUUUUUCAAAAACAUCCGAUGGCUAAUGGGCGUUUGCAGGCGCCCCAACUAGAUGACGCCACCGUAAACAGCGAGGCUCGGGACCGGGUCCGAAUGCAUGUCUCGUCUGAAUCGCAUCUCGUCGUCUGCGCUUGCUGCUGAAACGUGCGGAGAACUCAGCUUUACCAGUAAUGGACGCUACAAAGUCGGCUUUGUUAAAUACGAUGAACGCUUUAUUUCUUCUGUACUCCCGCACGUAGUUACUGUAACCACGGUAAAGACCCCAUCAAAAUAGCGCGACUGCGGCUUGCGGUGGGAAGGCCACAUUGAAAAGAAAGAUUUAGGUAAUGCAGGAUGUAAGCCGAGUUUUGAUGCGAAACAAUGUAAGUCCUCUAUAGAUGAGCGAAAUGCGAGAGGAUGUACCCGUUUCUGUCAGCUGCUUUUUGUUUUGAAAUUGUAAGUUGCAUAGCUGUUGUCUGACUACGUCUACUUUCGUAAUUACUUUUGUUUUCAUUCACCGUUUGAUAAUAAAGGAACACAUCCUGAUGCAGAACAUCGCAAGUGUAAAAGGGUCGCAGGGCCCCUGUAAUGUGCUGAUACGGACAAGAUCACUGAGGUGCUGCGCUGCGUCUGUUCUCAGCAAAGAAAUCUAGGCGCUUUCAUUAGUUUCAUGUUUCUCAAGGGCAGCUUUCUGGCGCCUUCGUUGUCAAAAAUACCGCACCGCCCCGAUGGCCACGGAAAUAUCAUGCACUCGCACCUUUUUUUUUUUUUUUACUUGGCCUGACGAAACCCUGCUGUGUCUCUUGUGAGAAGGCGUUUCCAUUGCGAACGUCUGUUCGUUUCUAAUUUGUAUCGCGGAUGGUUCCAUUAUGUGAUACGUUUGCGCAGUAGAAACAUUAAAACACCUCGUAUGUAACCUGCCACCAUACGAAGGCAAUAGGCGUGUCCUUCGAACAACUUCAUGGCAAUUGCAAUAGAUGGCAGACGUUUUAGACAAUAUCCGCAUGCAUCUGCAAUGACCAAAGCCAGAAAAGUGCUACUGCGUUUCUUAAGGUACAACAUCCUAUACAACCGCUUGCGAUGAAUUGAACGCUGAAACUCUUCAUUGCUUGUGUGUUUUGCGUGCGCGCUGUGAACUUAGAUCCUUGUUCUCAAGUUGCAGUCCCCUUCCCAACUUCACUAAUGCAGGGUAGCCAACAGGACCCAGCCUUACUAACUUCCCUGUCUUCGCUUUAUGACUUGCCUCUGUAGUUUGGUGUAUUGGUUAGAAAUAAACGAUCACUAAGCCAAUAUUUCUGUACUUUCUUUUUCUUUAUUGCAGCACCGGCGGACAUGUCACUGCUACUGUUGCUACUGGCGGCCAUAUUUGUGUUUGCCGUGGUGCUUGUGGUGACAUACCUGACGUACCGGCGCCUCUACGACAACCUCCAAUUCAAGCCGAAAGUGCUUAACGACAGCCCGGUCCACGUCAAGAUCGCCCCGAGGUCUCCCAGCUCUUCUAACGUACCAUCAAUCACAAUCAGCCAUAGCCUUCCCGAGAUGAAGGAAGUAGUGGCGGACGGGGUUCAAGAGAGUGCCGGCAAGAAGGUGGCUCCCCUGAGGCAGAUUACGCUUCCGACCGUGCCUACCCGCCAUAUGACCUUCCAGAGGCAGCUGUCGCACCGUCUUGAUCUCUCCACAACUGUGCCAUUCGAAGUAUGCAACAUGCAACAGCGUGAGAGCCACGGCACCGUCGGGGCCAUACAGCCGGAACUGUACGACCAGGAGGGCGUCACUUCCGGCGAGUCGAGGCGCGAGUCUACCGACCUGACAUCACAGGCAACGACCUGCGGCAAGCUGCACUUCGCGCUCAAGUACGACAUCGACCUGGAGGGACUCGUCGUAAAGAUACUGCAGGCCAAGGACCUUCCUUCCAAGGACUUCCUUGGCUCUUCGGACCCUUACAUUAAGCUUUACCUGCUCCCGGAACGCCGCAAGAAAUUUCAGACUCGAGUUCACCGCAAGAACCUGAACCCCGUGUUCAACGAGUCCUUCGUGUUCGCCAUGACAAUGGAAGAGCUCCGCAACAGGACGCUGCAGUUCUCGGUGUACGACUUCGACCGCUUCUCACGGAACGACCUCAUCGGUCACGUGAUCGUCAAGCACCUCCACGAGCUAUGUGACCCUGCUCACGAGAUGGAGUACACCAUGGAUAUAGUGGGCGUGCCACAGGAAAAAAUGGACAAGCUGGGCGAGUUGAUGCUCUCACUGUGCUAUCUCCCAACUGCCGGACGACUGACAGUCACUGUCAUCAAAGCCAGGCACCUGAAGCCCAUGGACAUCAGCGGGUCCUCUGACCCCUACAUCAAGGUGAUCCUUGUCUGCGAGGGCAAGAGAAUCAAGAAAAAGAAAACAAGCGUCAAGAAAUCCACGCUCAACCCCGUGUUCAACGAGGCCCUCGUCUUUGACGUACCACCGGAGAACGUCGAUGACGUAAACCUCGCCAUCAAAGUGGUUGACUACGACAGGGUUGGACCAAACGAGCUCAUGGGAUGCUGCGCUGUUGGACAGUUGGCUACUGGCGUUGGACGUGACCAUUGGCUUGCCGUCAUGGACAACCCACGGAAGCCGACUGCGCAGUGGUACCCUCUAAUAGACAGCCUUCCGGCCGAGCUGGACCCACCGCGAACACCGUCAGUGACCUGUCUAAAGUGAAGAGUUUGUGGGAUCACCCGCUGGAAUACAGAAAGGGCUGCUGCUGGCAAUGCUGGGUGCUGUGUCAGCCUUGCUUCUUGAAGGAUACCGUAAAGCGGCAUUGUGGGGGAAAGAGCAGGCUUCAGUCACUCCAAAAAAAGUGCUGGUCUUUUCUCCACGGAUGGCAUGUGUAAAAAUUGGCUUCUGAGCUGGUUCUGUGCGGAACACGGAUUGACCGGCCGUCAGAAGACUGGACACUUUUGGCGCAACUGUGCUGACGGGCUGCCACGCCCAUUCUAAGAUCGCUAGACGCAGCGCACAAGUAUAAGCUCAUUGGGAGUGAGAACACCACGUUAUUCCCGAUAGCUCAGCUCUAAGCGUUGGUGUUGUGUGGCCAUCAGAACCAAUUCGUCGCAAGGGCAUUCUCGGGCGCCACGUUCGAAAGCAUUUAUCCAGGUUUUGAGUGUUUUGCUCUGUAGCCGGAAACAAGUAACUUUAACCAAAGUUCCUCAGCGGAAGGAAGCGAAAUGAGCGAGCUGUAUUCUGUACAUUGUGAUGCGAGCUUCAAGAGCUCAUGAAAACGCACUUGGCCAACGUGCGGUGUGGCAUAACGUCUGAGAGUUAUUCUUAUACCACUCAAACAUAUGUUAUCGUUCUUUCUGUGUGACUCAUACUUCUGUCAGUUCCCUUGAGUGGAAUUGACGAACUCCUCCUGUAAAACGCGCUUGUAUCAAACCAUUUACAGCCACAUCAAGGGCUGCUACACCUUUGCGCUUUGACACACACGUGACAACAGCAGAACCUCUCAAGCACUCUUGUCUUAAAAGCAUGCUGAGUACCUUUUUUUCACCCUCCAAAAUUGAGGGCUAUGUUAUUUAUGCCGAAUAAAUUCCUCAUUAGCAGAACAGGUAGCGUGAGACACUGAAAUAGUGAGAAUUAUAUUGGACAACCUAGGUCUGGCACAAAUUAGGAAAACUUGUCCAACAGAGUUCCUUACUAGCAUGCUUCCAAAGGAGUUUGUCAUUCGACGUAUGUACAGUCGUGUCGCGAUGCACUUCAGAAAAGGAUUUGAAAUGUGCAUUCAAAAAAUGUACUUCUUGGCGCUCUUCUUUCCUGUAGAACGAUGUGUUUAGGUACGAGCAGUACCGUUAAUGCGCGCUGAAUAUACCUAAGGCCUGCCUAUCAAUAGCUUUACCAAUAACUGUACAACUUGUGAUAUGUAGGCACCUAAACACAUGUGGUAUUUAUUGUAGUUGUUUCAGGCAUGUCGUACACUAUUUGUUCGUUGUAUAUCUCGCUACCAUGUAAGAUAAAAACCACCACUGACCGUUCUUGAAGUGAACAGAAGUCGUGCUGCAGAAGUGUCUCAUAUAACCUGAUCUAAAAUUGAAAAUGCCACAUUCUGUUGGCUCCUACAUGUCGCGAUUUCUGAUUGUGCAACUAGGACUUUUUUAUAACGCACAAAAUUGAGUGUUCCCAUACGGUAUUUUGCCACUUGAUACGUCUGUGGAAAGAAACUGCGAUGAAGGCACAGUAACAGUAAUAGAUUUCGGUGUUAAUUUGCAAAUAGUACUUCACUGAAUAUGGUGUGCCCACAGACUCAGAAUAUUUCCAUUCUAAUACAGGUUUCUAGUAGGCAGUCUAUUUGGUAUGUUCUUGGUGAAUUUUUUGUGGUAGACGAAAGUGUGCAGCUAUCACCAAAUAUGUUGCAACAGAACUGCUUGUUGGCCUAUUUGGUGCUUGCUAAAACACAUGUUUUUACUGCAAGUUAAAACACACACAAAAGAAAGACACAUAAAGACAACACGGGCGCCAAAUAGUUCUCUGCACUACAAGUCAUCAAAGCAUCUGGCAAGUUAUCAUAGGUGCUCUUGGUCCAUGCCAAGGGUGGUAAAUAAAAUUUAUAGGUUGAAGAUGCUCUUUUUCCCAGUUCAUUUUCAUCGGUACCUUGAUGAACUGCCCGUUCAUCAAGGUACAAUGUGUUAACUGAUAUGUACAAUGCGUUAAUUAGUAUUCUUACAAUCACGCUCAUUAGUCGCAUCUACAACAGCACGUAACGCGACAACAAGGGAAGAAGUAUCCAUCUGGGCAUUUUUGAAUCAUCUUCAGGUUGUGCUUUACUAGUUUUACGACCAGUGUGUUCAAGAAAACUUGAACUUCACCUAUUAUUUAUUACCACAUUCGGAAGCACUGUAUAAAAUGCCGAAUGAGACUAUCAAGAUCUACGGGAGCAAGGUGUUCUAGUGGCAGAGCCACCGGACUUUACUGGCACUGACGUCAAUGCUCAUGCCAGGAUUACAGCACUUUUCAUAGCGCAACCCUCAGACACCCGUUUCUGCAGUGAGCGUCGGCAUCGGCGUUGUCCUUCGUAACCGAGCGAACAAGAACAAUGAAGGAUGAAAGUGAACACGCAGCGCAGCUAGAGAUGAAAGACGGCGACAGCGAAGAAAGCGCGAGGAGUAAAGCGGAGGAGAAGGAUAUGGUGAAAGUCUGAGAGGAAAAGCGUAGUGCCACGCAAGACCCGCUUAGCGGCGACGACGGCUAUGAGAUCGCGCCUGAGUACGGCGAGUCGCCUGUACGGGAACGAAGCGCUGCGUGAGCGGUGGUCUGUCUGCGGCGGCUGCUGUGAAUAGCGCCCGCGCGUCAUCCACGCGCUGCCUCUCGGGAUCUCCCGCUUCGAGAGGCAGUCGCGGCCCACUUGGCUCAGUGUGCAACGUGCCGCAUGAGACAGAUUAUCCGCUCCAUCCAAUACAUCGCGAAAUGAAAACGCGUAUAGAGCUGCGCUAAAACUUUGCAUUAGGGAGUAUAGUAAGCGUCAGUGAUUUUAUUUUCUUGCUUCCGUGUUAUCGCCUGAGCUAUUGGCGCCUUCAGCGUGACUAAUUCGCAAUCUGUGCAGACGGAGAUAUGCGACCAGCUAUCAAACGUAAACUAUGUAAGAAAAGUACCUGUAUAAGUAUUAUAAAUGCGUGCGGAUUCACAUAACUUUCACAAGACAUGAAAGUGGCAGAUUCAUUCUGAGCUUGUGCUGAGAAAUCAGGAUACGGCAUUUUACAAAACAUACGGAUAAUCGUGGUCCAUGAGCGCAUGAAGCACAUUCUAUAGACUAAAUGUCAAUAAAUAUGCUUCACGCAGCAUCUCCCAUCAUUCUGUACUCAGGUGGAUGUAAAACGAGUAGAUUUAUACUAUAGGUUCCACAAUCCAGAGUAUUGCUGAAUCCUGCUCCAUGUCUCGCGUGGCCAGCGACAUGUUCACUUCCUGAAAUAUGUCGCUAUGGUCUUCGCCCAAAUGUACGUAUGUACAUAACUUUGUUUGUAUUCAGGGGAAAGGGCGCGUCUGUGCAUGUAACUGACCUCCAGCUACCGCUUUGUAGGGACGUUUAUCUGUUAGAGCUUGUAUAUGGUUUCUACCUCGCCCGGCAAUACUGCAACUGUUUUUAGAUGUCUGACGUAGCACGUAGACGUAGUUCCACCAAUCCUCAAAUUGUCAUUUUCGUUGUUUAGAUGUCGUGUAAGUGUUCCCACUAGUUAUUUCUAAUUUCCCGUAGACAUUGUACACCUUACACCUUCAAGUUGAAAUUAAGCAAUGAGUUCCAGGGCAUCGGUGACACAUCGUAAAUCGAUGUGGCAUUAGCAUUGUCGCAACUGAAUAUUCGCUAGGCACGUGCACUUGUACAUUACUUACACUUAUUCUGUUCGGUUUGAAUAUUUCACUUCUCGCUUCAAAAUAUAUUUCUUGCAGUUAGAUUUAAAUGUCAACCGACGCAAAAGGGUCCACUUAUCGUCUACUUAAAUUAAAUCUCCAUUAUGUUAGGACUAUUACGCUUUCCUGUAGGUUUCAUGCUUAGUUUUAAGUUCAACUUGCUCAUCAAGUAAGGUUUCCUGACCAUACAUGCAGAUGCCAUAGUUUGUUUACAAAUCGACAAGCAUAUAUUCAGGUAUUCGGUAUUUAUUAUUCGUUAUCUCUUUUCAUAGACAUUUGGAAGUUUUCGCGCAGCAGCGUAACACGAAGAUCUAGCAAAAAGAUAGCUUUUCGACAAAAAAUAUCGUUGUCUUGCAGAAUGAAGCAAACAGAAUUCGAGAGGACAGCAAAUAACAUAGGAUAAUAUAACAUGGUAUCUAAUUCUGUACAAAAAUUUUUAAAUUCCAUACACUCCCUUUCUUUCGCAAGUGUUUCCAGGUUAGAAAGGAGCUCCUUUUAGCCGUUGCCGAUAGCUUAGAUUGUAUUUUUUUUUAUGGUGCAAUCAUUACCAAUCAAUGGCGUUGUACUUAUGAUACGCAGAUUUAGGACUGUGAAAAUCGCUUUGCGUAGUGUGACCUAUACGAAAGCACGUAGAUUGUUUGAAUGUUCUAAACACAGAACAGGAUUUUGCGUACCUAUUUACUUCUCUAAAGAAAGUAGUGUCCUGCUUGAGCACUGCAAAUUUAAACAACUUUCUGUACGGUGUGUUAGUCACUGUUGAUAUAUUAUGAAAACACAGUUUCUAUAGCGGCAUGAAGUUUUUCGCCCUCUUGAAGAAUGUAGGUUGGACACGGAACGCCUAUGCAGUGUUGAUAUAAUUGACACAAACAAGAGAUGCUUGCGACCGUGGUUUACAGAAGAAUGGAUUGAUAUCGUAUUGUCAUGGAAUGGUCACGCUUUCUAGCGUUGUCCUGACAGUCCAGAGGAGUUGUAUGUUUUGUUGUGAAUCUGUGCUCAUCAUGAAAACCAAUUCCUUUUAUCUAAUGUAUAAAUACCUCUGUCUACAAAGUCCUCUAGAUGCCAUAGACUGUGACACUUGAUAAUGUGUGCGGGGAACAAAUCCAUCUCCAAUAUACUUCGUUUCCCUUACGACAAGCGAGGAUACAAACUGUUGUGUACGGUGUUUUCUGAAACUUUCUUGUAGGAUAUUUAUAUGCCCAAACAGUGGCAUAUAAAUUUGAAGCUUUCAGCCAUGAUGCAUCCAAUGGCCAACAAGUAUGAGCCUUAACUCCUCACUGUGUACGCCUAUAUUUACUUACAAGAAGAGUAUUUUUAGCAUGACGACACGAGCUUCUACUUUAUCAUCAUAUUCAACCUGCUCAUCGUGAAAUAAUAUUUCCAAUAGAACUCAGUCAUCUCUGGGUGCUUUCAGAGGCUUCAAAAGAAUUACACUGAUAAGGAUUUUCGACGCACAGAGGGAUCUGCAGUACAUUUUUCCUUCUUAUGCGGUGCACAAAAAGGCUCUUUUUCAGGAUAAGCGACCACCAAGUACUAUGCCCUGCAUUUUGUGAUGGUCUUUAUUGUAUUUGGUUUGAGUAGGUUGAAAAUCUUCUGCGCUACUAUAUGGAUGAUUUCACAAAUUCUGCCUGCUUUUUUCCUCUCUCAGAUUUAAGCAGCCUGUCUCUAAUGUAGCCCCUGACGAAUUAUCUAGGGAAUGUAUUCAACAACUUCCGACAAAGCUAUUUUUCGCUUCCACUCUUAACUAGAAAAUACAGAAGAAACAAAGGGCGUGGGAGCAUGAACAUCACAAAUAGCCUCAAUACCUUGUCGCAUUGUAAAGUGGGGAGGCCCACACCAAAUUUGAAUAAUAUUAGGAGUUUGGUGUCAUCAUGAAUGCAGAGAAUAUUAAUGCCAAUGCCCCGACGAAUAAAUCUCUAUGCGUAUGGUAUUUCGCCACGCUGAUGUAAUAAGUGUCCGUAUGAUUGCAAUUAAAUGUGAACUAAUUACUAUGAUGAACUGAUUACUGUGCGAGAACAUUUCAGUCCUGAAAAUGCAUAAGGAGGAUUGUCACUUCGGUCAGAAGUCCAGUGAGAACUUUGAGUGCAUGCUUGCCUAAUAUUGGAAAUAUGGCGGAAGGCUCAGCAGCAAAAUGCGGUGCUUUUGCUGAAGCUUUUUGUUGUCUUAUAUUGCAAUUUUUUUCACAUUUUGGCGGUUUGCAGCAAUGUACCCAAAAAUCUUAAGGAAACUUAGCAGAGCCUCCUGCUAUGAUAUAUGUCAACAAAAUUUCAUUGCAACUUCAGCGAUGCAUUGACAUGUAGAAAUUAUGGACAUGAAAAAUUGUACAGAAACAUUUGGCGUGUAUUAUGUAAUAAAUUAGAUGUAAUAUCACCAUAACUAGCAAUUUGACGACCACUGCUGAAAGCUCAAGUGAGACACGGUCAAAUGGCAAUGCUGGUUCACCUCUAAAGGAAUUAUGAAAAAGCUUCCCUGGGCAGUGUUCGUUCGGAUAUUUCCGACCAAUAAGGCUGGAAGAAGCGUUGUCUCCGACUAUAGCCAACGUUUCGGCAAAAGCCACUGUUUCGACUACAAGCUACAUCACCCCUUGAGUAAAGGUUGGCUUGUUCUCCUGUCGAAACGGUGGGUCCAAUCUGAAACAUUCCUUGUUGACCACUGUUGAUCAUUCGCUUGUUAAAGAAUUGAAGUGUCAAGUUUUCCGUGAGCCUCGACCUGUAGUGCUUCGAUUUUCGUGUCAUAUGUGUCAUGCAAGCAAGCUUGGGCUACUGGCGCCCCGUUUGCGCUCGCGUUUUUGCUGCGCGUUCAUAGCAGAUCCUGCGAACCCAAAGGCCACAUUCUGAUGUACAGACCUGAAUGUCUGCGUGUAACAUCCCACAUCCUUGCCCUGUUCGCCGGCUGCUAAUCACUUCCACACGCUGUGACACAUGUACGGAGUGCGUCGUUUUCUUGUUUUUUUUUUUUUGUCUGUGCUGUGGGCACAAUCCCAGGUGUUGUAACGCACUGAAAGAUGUCAACGCUAAGUACAGAGACACUGUUUUCAUUUGUAUGUACUCGCCGUGAAUGUUGACAAGUUUAUAUGGCUAUUCACAUUGCACUGUUACAUUGAAAAAUGUUGUUUUCAAUGGCGCUUUGUUAUGUGUAAUUCAAUUUGCUUUCGAAUACUUUUGGCUGUACAGCGUGGAGAUUUGCCUCGGGAGUCGACAAAGCUGGGGACUCCAACGUCGACUUAAAUACAGCUGACCAAUGCGUGGUUAGCUGCUCGAGCAUGUAGUACGCUUGGGGCUAACAACGUCCACCGUCACUGGAGAGUUGGUGUGGUUUGUGUGUGAUACUUUGUCGGCGUGAUUCUUGACGAGUUGUAAACUUCCUCUGUACAGCCCCAUUGUGACAAAGUGGUUUAGAAAGCGAAACAUUACGAUGUACAUCUGCGCAGUCACGCAAGCGUUGCCGACAUAUCGAGAGUGCUGUAUAUUUUUAAAUCAAGAUUCCUAUGAAACGGUUGCGGGAGAGAUGAUGUAAAAAUAAAGCAUGGUCAUUGUGUAUCAGCUCUAAGAAACUGUAAACCCGCCUGUAUGAAAGUUGACGUAUGUGAAAAAUAAAUAUGCCCUUUAUUUUUGCCGUUAAGAAAAA